CGAUAUGCGUUUUUCAGGCGAUGCUAUCAGAGUGACGUAUAAUGUAGUGGACGGGACGCUUCUUCAACAACAUCUCGUCAGCCACCUCGGUAGCUUCCUAGCGGAAACGUUCAAGCUGUUCAGACUGCUUCGGUCUAUAUUUACUUCUGUAUUUGGAACAUAAUUCUGUCUUUUAACUAGUUUCCCCAUUUCAUGUCAUAUUUCCGUUUAGUCAGGUAACGGUAGCUGGCUUGAUAAAUGAGCCUAUCACUAGGCUAGUCGCUAACUAGCUAGGUUAGCUGGCUAACAUCCCCGACCAUGAGCUCAGCAAGCUGCUGCCCUCCUGCUAAAAAAGAGGUCUGCUGGAAGGAGAAAGAAGGUAUUUGGCUGAACGUUGUCGUGAAAGAGGAGAAUGAAGAGGAGGAUGUCACAGUAAACGAAGAGGUAGAGGGUGAGGCUGUUACACAGAAAGAAGAGGAGAAUGAAGAGGAGGAUGUCACAGUAAACGAAGAAGUAGAGGGUGAGGCUGUUACACAGAAAGAAGAGGAAGAAAACGAUUAUACUUUUUUUGGAGUGAAUGAAGGAGAGAUAACUGUCAUAUUGAAGGAGGAGGAGAGGGAAGAAGAGGAGGAGACAGAAGAUCUGAGUAACACCAGAGAGAGACCAGACUCUCCUUCUGACAGCAGGAAGAGUCCUUCAGGGAAACCAGACCCCGAGACGUCCAAACCAGCAGGACGACAUCACUGCUCCCAGUGUGGAAAGAGUUUUACUCAGUUAGGGAGCCUGAGAACACAUAAGAGAAUACACACUGGAGAGAAGCCUUACCACUGUUCCCAAUGUGGAAUGUCGUUUACCCAGUUAGGGAGCCUGCAAACGCAUGAGAGGGGACACACAGGGGAAAAGCUUUUCCAAUGUUCCCAUUGUGGAAAGAGUUUUGGCCAGGUAGGAAACCUGAACAAGCAUGAGAGGACACACACAGGUAAGAAGAUGUACCGCUGCUCCCAUUGUGGAGAGAGAUUUACCCGGUUAAGGUACCUGAAAGAGCAUGAAGGAAUACAUACAAAUACACAGGAGGAGAAGACAUACCACUGCUCUCAUUGUGGAAAGACCUUUUCCCAGUCAGAGAACCUGAAAACACACGAGAGAAUCGAGAGGCUGUGUUCUGACUUGUGUUUUUGACUGAGAAUGUGUGUGUUUGUUUGGGCUGUCAGACUUGAGUUCACUUUGUGUAAUGUUAGUGCACUAUUUUUAAUUGUGAUUAAUCCAUUGUCUGAAAGGGUUAAAAACACACUGAAAACAUCCAGAAUACAUCCUAUAUACAGCUACAAUCUACAAUGCCAUGUAAACACAAGAUGACAUUGAGGUUAAAUAAAGUGUGAUUUAUCAAUGGAACAUA